AUGUCGCCCUUGCCUACUAAUAUCACUGCUUUUAAGAGACGCUUUGUUAACAAGUGUAAUUCAGAAGAACUAGAGCAUUUAAUUGAGCAACAAAAAGCUGAGAUUUCUAGCGGAAUUCAACCUACUAGUAUUGCUGCAAUUUCUGAAGAGGUACCUAAGAAAGUUCGUAGGGGUCAACCAUCAAAAAGGAUUAUGCUGGUUGAAAAUUCAACAGCUGAAUCGUCCAGUUCAGCCAAAUUGUCUACUUCUGUUGGCUCAAAUGCCUUUGUUGCUCUUCAAAGUAGCUUGUCAAUCAAUGUGUCUGAGUUUGAGCCUGCACUUAAGACUUUGCCAAUAAAAGUACAUGCCAGCACUGCUGCAAUUUACAGAAUGCCCUUAGAACAUUGGAAGUAUCCAUACACUGUUGGGCCUACUGAAUUUGUUAUUGCUUUCUUCAAAGAAUUUGUUUUCAAGCGAAUGUAUAUGAAAAGUGUUUCAGUAGAGACUGAUGUUAGAACACAAAUUGGCUUAAGAACAGAAGAUAACAAAGAAAGACAAUUGACUUUGCUCCAAAUUGCUGAGAAUGCUCCUUCUAACAAGAACGGUAAUAAGAAAGUUAUCAAAGUUCCUUUAGGUAUUGAAUCUGUCAAUCAAUACAAGAAAAUCUUGAUGUUCUUGUAUGAAUUCCAGUCCGAGCGCCAAGAAGUUGGAUGGCUGUCUUCCAAGAAGACUAAAGAAGUGAUCGAAUUGAUCAAGAAGUAUGAACACGAUCUUGUUUACUACCAAGUACAAACAAACGUAGAUAGAGCAGCCCAAUGUGUAAUUUGGGACUCUUAUAAGUCUGGCAAACUUAUAAGAAUCCUGAAGAGCCUUUGGACUUCUGACAGCAAAUCAGGCUUACAUGAGAUGUUUUCUAUCUCUUCCCGCCACCAUAUGCUACUUAGGGAUCAGAAUUUGAGAAAUUUAAACUUUGUUGAUUGCUUUUGCACGAUCAUUCCAAAAAAACAGCACGAAGGAAUGCAACAGGCUCUUGCUUUGGUUUUUAGUCUAGAUAAGGGCAAGACUCUGAAGGAAGGAGAAGUCAAAUUUGCAUGUGCCAUGUCCCAUAAAAAUGUAUUCAGAUGUCUUUUUGAUGCAUUUGCCUUUUUUAUAUUCAGUUUGCUUCAAACCAGUGGUAACUUCUUGAACAAAGACAGAUGA